AUGGAAGGUUUUUAUCUUGAUCAUUACAAUAUUGAAGCACUUAAGCAUUUAUUUAAAAAUUUUUCAAGAGAUGCCUUAACUACCAUGAAAACAUUGACUAUCAACAAAGAAGAAAUCAUAAAAUUCCCGCCCCUUGGGACUUUACAAAUAUUCAGGAGUUUAGAAGAGCUCAUUAUCACAAAUUGCAAAAUCACUGAUUUUCCUACUGAAGUAAUUACUGCCUCAAUGCCACUAUUAAAAAAAAUAGACUUAAGGAGCAAUAAUUUCGCCACAGUCAAAAUUUUGCUGCCUUUAGGUGAAUUAUUAAAAUUAGAAGAAUUACAUUUAGAAGGGAAUCCAUUGACUUUAUUAUCACAUAGGAUAAGCUUACUACAAGCUUUAUUAUUUCCAAAAAAUAAAAUCCGCUAUAAACUGUCAGCUUGCUAUACAGCUAGCUAUAAAGCGAUAAAGCAGCCUAAGCAACAAAUAAUAGUUAGAGACUCCCGAAGCGUUACUAGUAUAAUUUUAAAUAGCAGUAAACCAGCCAAAGUUCCUCGGAAAGGGAUGUUCCCAAUGCUAAAGUUUUUAAACCAUGAAGUUAUCACUGAAGACGAAGUUAAUAGCGCAAGACCUUUUAUUGAUGAAACUUGGCUUGCGACUGAAGAAAAUCAAGCUAAAGAUUUAGACCCGAUUUUGGAAAAAGUCAAAAAGAAAAAUGCAAAAAUUUUGGCACUGAGGGAAAGGUAUGGAGCUGAUAUUUUAAGACAAGGCUUGCACCCUUGCGAUUCAAAAAAACCGAGGGUUGAACAUGUGUCAAGGACUGUGAGGCUGCAAGAUAUGCUGAUUAGGUCGUCAAGAGAGCCGUCAGUUAUUGAUGCUGAGCCUGAAAGCUCGGUAAAUACUUCAGUUAAUGUGAGCAGGCAUGAAGAAAAAUUGCCAGAUUCGCCUAAUAAAGCUUUUACUGAAGAAAAAUUUUUAGGGUCAAAAGCUUCAAAUACCCAUAUGUCAGAAACUCCUGGGAUAGAGUCGUCACCUUUACUAUCAAAAUCAAUCAAAAAAAUCCCACUUACUCCUAUACCACCUUUGCCAGAACCUCCAAAGCCGCCGGUAUCUCCAUUAAUUGAAUUUAAAAAACGAAAAAAUAUGCAAAGAGAAAAUUUAUGAAAUUUACUAUAUUUUACUUAAUUAUAUAGUAAAUAAUGCAAAAGUUAUAUUAUAAAUAAACAAGUAAUAAGCUCAUUUUUAAUAUAAUUUGUUAUAGUAUAGACAGUGAUCGAAAUAGAUCACCUUUUUCAGCCACACGAAGAAGCUCUUUAAUCCAACUAAUCCAAGAAGCCAACGUAGAAGAGCCUGAAAUCGUAGUUGAAGAGAAAAAAAAUGAAGAAGUCCUCAAAGAAAAAAUGAAAUCAAUAAUAGAAGAAAGCAAAAAGAUCCGGGAAAGAGCUAUUGAGCCUUUUUUGAAAAAAAUUUAUAACUUCAGUGAGGUCAACCAAUUUGUAAAUAAAAGCGGCUCCAUGCAUUUUAUAAGGAUUUUUUGUUAGCAAGACAUUUUCUCAGGAAAUUUAUUUCCCACAAAACAGUUACUCACAAAAAACCUUCAAAUUUCUCAAAUCCCUGAGGAAUUUAGCAAGAGGAAAAAUGAUGCACAAUAAAAUCGACCCAUAUAUAAAAAACAAAGUCCAAACAGUCAGCGAUGUGCUGAAUCUUGUAAAUGAUACCAAAGGAAAAUCACAUGGAAUUACUGAUACUGAAGUAAGACAAUUAUUACAAGAAAACAUGAAAGAGCUGCCCCUAGAUGAAAUUGAGCUUCUCCAUAAAAUUGUAGCAUUAGAUGAUGAUAUGAAAAAUAUGAGACUAAAAAACACAUAUUUGGACUGGUGGCUAGGAAAAAUGGAAAAGAAAAGACUGCAAAUUGCAGAACAUCAAGCGAUUUUGGCUUUACAUAAAAAAAGAAUUUUUGGUAACCCUACACUUGCAGUGAAGUCUCCGAAACCUUGACAAGAAGAAUAUGCGCCACCAAAAAACCCAUUAGUUUCUAGAGCAAUAAGCCAAGGGUAUAAAAUAAAAUUACCUGAAAAUAAACAAAUUGCGACAGUGCAUAGAAUGGCGGAGCAGGAGUUUAAAAAGAAAGGAAAAGAAGUGAUUGAAAAAGAUGAACAUUUUUCGUCGAUUGAUUUUAAAUCACUAUUUAAAGAUCCAAAUGUAAAAGAAGGGCCUGUUAUUUAUAUAAAGCCUAUACCUAGUCUAAAUGAAUUAUUUUAAAAAUAUUUUAUUUUCAAAAUAAAAAAAAUUAUUUAUAUUAGGAAUAUAUUAAAGCUUGAAACAAUGCUUGAGCAUCUACACACCCAAUUAAGAGAAAAAGAAAAAGAAUUCGAAGAGCUUAGUUAUGAUGACAAAGUUAUGCUGAGACUACAAAGAAUAAAAAAAAAUAUUGCAGAAAGAGAAAUCAUGAGAGAUAGGCUGAAAUCUUUAUAUAGCCAGGUAGAAAAAAUGAAAUUGGAAUUCCAAGAGAAUGAAAAAGAAUAUUUUUAUAAUAUGUAUGAGAAAAAAGAAGAUAUAGAAAUUGCCCGAGGAUGGCGCUAUUUUGCGCCAUCCUUGGGCAAUUCAAAAAACAGGCCCCACACGGGAAUUGAACCCACGUGUGGGGCCAUUUUUGGUAUGUGGAGAAUAUUGACUUCCACGUACCAAAAAUGGCCCCACACGUGGGUUCAAUUCCCGUGUGGGGCCAUUUUUUGAAUUGCCCGAGGAUGGCGCAAAAUAGGGCCAUCCUCGGGCAAUUUCUAUAUCCAUGACUUGCUAAGCAAAGAAGAUUUUUCUAAAGUUGAGCUGCCAAGAUUUAUUAUUCCUCAAGAAAAUUAA